AUGUUUAAGACAUCUCAUCUUGAAAAAAACAAGUCGAUGUCGACCUCUUCGCAACAAACACCAGAAGAAGACAUCCCAGUGACUUCUGCUAUUACCGAAGAACAGUUAGAAUACUUCCACUCGUUUAAACUUGGUAACAUCAAACUUUUAGACAAGAUUUCUUUUGUGAUUGGUGUCUGUCUGUUGUUGAUGGGAGAGUACAUCGUCUUACUCCGCCCCGACUUGAUGCAUGUCUUCUACGUUUGUCUCUUUAUUCCUCUAGUUACUUCAAGGUAUUUGGUUUAUCGAAUGAACAGGUGGCAUUACUUCCUCCUUGACUUCUGUUACUUUACCAACAUCACGCUGAUCAUCUCAUUGUUCCGGGGAUUUGUGUUGAAACAAGAUAUAAGCUGGAUAUUCACUACACUUUUUGUGUGUAUAACAGGACCAUUACUGACUGCUAUCCCAAUGUGGAACAAUUCUUUGGUCUUCCACGACUUCACAAAGCUGACUUCAAUCACAAUUCAUUUGUUACCAGGGAUGGUGGUCUAUUGCUUGAGGUGGUACGGCACUUUGGAAGUCCCACAAGAACUCACUGUGUGGACCGGAUUUGUAUUUCCGUGGCUCUUUUAUAUAGCGUGGCAAAUUUUGUAUUUGAUCAUCACCGAAGUUUUUAAGAGGGAGGAGAUCUAUGAGGAGGGGUAUAUGACUAGUGUGCGAUGGUUGGUCGAAGAGAAGCCGCACAAAGCAAUUAUGUUUUUCAGACAGUUCUUCCCAGAACGGUUUUCAACGCUAUUUGUGAUGGUCGUCACACAACUUUUCAUGUUUUUGGUAACCACUUUACCGCAGUUUUAUAUUUACAAACACCGACUUGUCCACCAAGCUUGGAUUCUAUUCUGCUUCCUAUUCUGUGUGUGGAAUGGCGCAAAUUAUUACUUCGAAGUGUUCGUUAAUAGAUACGUCGAUUACUUAACCAAAUUCAAAUCUUCGCGAAAGUACACACCCAAGAAGAAAUCUAUUUGA